CACUCCCCUCGUCUCAAAAACAACCAACAAUCAACAAAAUGCUACAACCACGAAUAAGCUCUCCAUUACGGAGAGCCAUAUUCGAUUCCACCCAACAAUGCCUCCUCCACCGCUCCAUAACACCAUUCCGCCCUCAACCCCACAACCUUAACCGCCAUAUCACCAGCACCUCCAUCCUCCUCCGCCCACCACCACCACCGCAAGACAAACAGCAACCCGCUCCCCAAGACCCUCCCCAACAAGAACAACAACCCCAACCCACCUCCUCAGACCCCGAACCCGAACCGGAAUUCGUCCCCCAGCCCCUCGGCCGCCCCAUCGGCUUCCCCAGCGCGCCCAAACCCGGCGAAAACCUGGGCCUCGCCCCACCCAAGAAAGAAUAUACCGGCACGCUGCGAGAAAAGAACCUCCAGAAGCGCACCGACAUCGUCGAGUCGUGGUCGCAGAACUACUUCCGGGACUUCAAGAACAUCCGCAAGUACCGGUCCGGCAAGACGUUCCUGGCGAACCCGCGCAUCUUCCGCAAGGACGUGAGCUUGUAUUUUCCGAAUCUGCGGGGCGAGACGUUGGAGGGGGGGAGGCAGGUGGAUACGACGGAUGUGUUGAAGGGGAGGGUGAGUGUCGUGAGGUUGUAUAGUAGUGCGUGGGGUGAGGCUCAGGUGCAGAGUUUCACCGGGGAGAAGGAGAAUGCGGAGUUGCGUGCGGUGUUGAAGGAGGAGGGGGAGAUGGCGCAGAUGGUGGAUUUGAAUGUCGAGGAGAAUCCUAUGAAGGCGUGGUUGAUUGCGAUUUUCAAGUGGAGGCUGAGGAGGCAGAAGACGAAGGAGGAGUGGGGGAGGUAUUUUGUUAUUAGGAAGGGGGCGGGGCAGAAGGUCAGGGAGUCGAUUGGGGCGUUGAAUGGGAGAGUGGGUUAUGUGUAUCUCGUGGAUGAGACUUGCAAGAUCAGGUGGGCUGGCAGUGCAAAUGCGGAGGGCACUGAGAAGGAGGAUUUGACGAAGGGGUUCAGGAGACUUGUGCAGGAGGCGAAAGAUAUCAAGUCGGGAAAGGUGAAGCCGAGGAUACGCAGUCCCAGGGAGAAGGUCAAUGAGGAACUCGAACAGCAGGCCGUCAAUGCGGGAGCAUCGUAGAGCAUAGUAGAUAGAACUUCUACCCAGUGGUAGAAUCUGUAUUCAAAAUGUAUCAUAGUUGUACAACAGCCCAAAAGGCGGUUGAAUCCGCCCACAGGCAGCCUUACGGUAAGGUCAUAUAAUCCCAAUGGAUAUCCUUGGAAACGCCUACAAACU